AACACGCAAGCGCAGCCGACCGUUUCUGAGUGCGUGCUGUGUCCGGAGGCAGCUACAAACUACACUUCCCAAUACUCUUAAGUAACGGAAAUGACGUAAAGAGCAGACAGGGUUGGAGGGUUCGAGUAAAAAUGGCUGAAUAUUUAGCUUCGAUAUUCGGGACUGAGAAGGACAAGGUUAACUGCUCUUUUUACUUUAAGAUCGGGGCCUGCCGGCACGGGGACCGGUGCUCCCGGCUUCACAACAAACCGACUUUCAGCCAGACCAUAGUGCUGCUCAACCUGUACCGGAAUCCACAGAACACUGCCCAAACCGCAGACGGAUCACACUGUCACGUGAGCGACGUGGAGGUUCAAGAACACUAUGAUAACUUCUUCGAGGAGGUGUUCACGGAGCUGCAAGAGAAGUAUGGGGAUAUUGAAGAGAUGAACGUGUGCGACAACCUGGGGGACCACCUCGUGGGCAAUGUCUACGUCAAGUUUCGGCGUGAGGAGGAUGCAGAGCGGGCGGUGGCUGAACUCAAUAACCGCUGGUUCAACGGGCAGGCAGUGCAUGCUGAGCUGUCUCCUGUCACCGACUUCCGAGAGUCGUGCUGUCGGCAGUAUGAGAUGGGGGAAUGUACCCGCGGUGGCUUCUGCAACUUCAUGCACCUGCGGCCCAUCUCCCGGAACCUUCGACGUCAGCUGUAUGGGCGAGGACCCAGGCGCAGGUCACCCCCAAGGUGCCAUACUGGUCACCGCCCCCGAGAAAGAAACCGACGACAUUCCCCAGACCACCGGCAUGGCCGCUUCUGAGACCCUGGCUCCCUUGACCUCCACCCUGACAGGCAUAAAUGUUCCUGGCCAGGAUACCUCCUGAAAGCGUCCUUAACUCCCCUUUCCCCCAGGCUCCGGGGCUCCAUGAUGUAAUCCGUUCAACACGGGGACCUUCUCUUACCACCCCUCCCCUAAUAAAGUUCUGUAUUGAGGGCUUAGAACCUGUUA